UGGCAAGGGAUCCUUUUUGAGAGCCACGAUACUUUGAGAAGAUCCUUGAUUUUAGAUAACAAAAACUUCUUUUGGUUUUAGUGCUAUCGUCUCGUUCACGAACCAGUCGACCAUUUCUUUAUUGAGAGAAUCAAAGGUUUGGAGGAUAAAGAACAAGUUUCUGACUGCAUUUUGAAAGUGGAGAAGAGAGACGAUAUUCGAAUUGAAGAAAACAACUACUUAUUUUGUUUUUUAAAAUGGUGAAUUAAACGAUAAAAACCAGAAAUGGAAGAAGGCUUAAAGCUAGAUUUCAAAUUUGAAAUACAUCUUCAGCGUCUUUGCCUGAUAAAAGUCGCCGUAUCUCUUUGGGAAAGAAAAGAAAUAAGGGAAAAAAUUUGUGUCUUUUUUGAAGAACUAUCUUCAAAGGAAGACGACAUUCUUAUUAGAAAUUGGAAAUUUGAUUUGACGAAAAAAGUAUUGUCUCUGAUGAAUAACUUGCCUCUACCGAAUUUUUUAAUCAACACUCUGAAACAUUAUGUCAGUUCCAUGGGUUUCCAAAUAUACCAGUGGACAAAAUUUGUCACAAAGAAUUUAGGAUUUAACAUAGUUUGCACUGAUUAUAUUUUUUGGACCCAUUAUGGAACGAUAGACAAAAUCCAAACAUUCAAAUAUUGGUAUGACCACCGAAUAUUGGAAACUUCUCAACUUUUUAAUGUCGCUUGUAUUUUCUGUCUAGAAGAUUAUGUCCCCAUUUUGUGGAACGAAAUUCCCGAUGAAGUUAGAAAAAAUGAUUUCUACUUGAAAAAAAUUUACACUUUUUCAAUUUAUAGUCUUAUAAUUUACUGGAAAAAACGAUUAGGUGAAGAAAUAGAAGAAAAUUUUGUUUCUUUUAUUCAUUCCGAAGAGUGGGAAAAAAUAUUAACAUUAAGACGUGCAGGACUUUUAAAAAGAGACGAGAAUUAUCACAGGAAAAUGUCUUGGCUUGAAUUUUGUCACGAAAGUUUUAGCAUUGAGGAAAAUAUGUAUAGGGGAGCAAUAAUUGAAGGUCAGGAAUUAGCUGUACAGUAUUUUUGGAAUAACUUAGAUGAAAGAUGCCAAAUGAGAGAUUUCGAGGAUAUAAUGUUGGCCAUCGAUCGAGAAAAAAAUGAAAGAGGAUAUUCUGAUAUCCUGAUUUUUAUGAUGACUAGGCUGAAAAUAAACAAGGCUCUUCCGAUCCUUUAUUCACAUUCUUUGUGGGAAACACUUUUGAGAAAUUUUCCAUUUGAGGAAUUUUUUAUAAUGGCGUUGGAUCGAGCCUUAGAAUUGAAUAAAGAUUAUGGCAUUUUGGAAAAUAAGUUUUUUUGGUCUUUAGUAGGAACCAUUUUAAAUAGGAUUGAUGAUGAAAGGUUGUUAUUUGAUGCUGGAGACGUUAGUGUAUAUGAAAAAAUUUUGCAGGAUAUGUGGGAUAUAAUUCCCGAGUCAGCUAGAUAUUGGGUAGCCCAAAAUCCUUCGUUCUACAUUCAAAGAGGCCUCAGAAGAAGAGGAUUGUGUUGAUAUUUAAAAAUGAAAAAAGCGGAAUCAAAAUAAAAUCUUUAUUUUAAAGUUACUUAAGAGAUUUAAUCUUGAUUUAUCUCAUAAUGGUUAUAUAAGUAACUCAUUAGUUUCAAAAUUGGUGAACCCGGAUCACUUGGUCUUGAUUCUGUGAAAAAAGGAGAUUGAUGACCUUAUGG